GGGAAAGCUGUGUUUUCGCUUGCUUAUCCUAAGGAACUUUUUACAUGACGACUGCGUCGUUUCAGAAAAGCAGCUAACCCACGAUACAAGUUGUAUAUUUUUCGAGGAUUACCUCUACUAGACCGGGAUUUCAUAGCCUGGCGGUCGAGGUUAUGGAUUUUAACCUUCUAACGGACAGUGAGGCCCGUAGCCCGGCACUGUCUCUCUCUGACUCCGGGACUCCUCAGCAUGAUCCUGGAUGCAAAGGCCAAGACAACAGUGACACAGAGAAGUCCCAUCAGAACCACACAGAUGAGUCAAACCCAGAGGACGGUUCUCUGAAGAAAAAACAGCGCCGGCAGAGAACCCACUUUACCAGCCAGCAGCUCCAAGAACUAGAAGCCACCUUUCAGAGAAACCGCUAUCCUGAUAUGAGCACACGAGAGGAGAUCGCCGUGUGGACCAACCUCACGGAAGCGAGAGUCCGGGUGUGGUUUAAAAACCGCCGCGCCAAAUGGAGAAAGCGUGAGCGAAACCAGCAAGCCGAGCUUUGCAAGAACGGUUUCGGGGCCCAGUUCAACGGACUCAUGCAGCCAUAUGAUGACAUGUACUCGGGCUACUCCUACAACAACUGGGCCACCAAGAGCCUGGCCAGCAGCCCGCUAUCAGCCAAAAGCUUUCCUUUCUUUAACUCCAUGAAUGUAAGUCCCCUGUCCUCGCAGCCGAUGUUCUCCCCACCCAGCUCCAUCUCCUCCAUGAACAUGGCCUCCUCCAUGGUGCCCUCGGCCGUGGCUGGGGUUCCGGCCUCAGGCCUCAAUAACCUCGGAAACCUGAACAACCUGAACAGCCCCACCCUCAACUCUGCAGCGGUUUCAGCAGCUGCGUGCCCUUAUGCCACCACGGCCAGCCCGUACAUGUACAGAGACACCUGUAACUCCAGUCUAGCCAGCCUCCGGCUCAAGGCCAAACAGCACGCCAACUUCGCUUAUCCUGGCAUGCAGAACCCGGUGUCCAACCUAAGUCCCUGCCAGUACGCUGUGGACCGGCCGGUAUGAAGCACCAGCGUCCUUUCCCGACCCGACCCGAAACUAACGCCCGGCGCUCCCCUCCCAACCCUCUGCUCCACCCCACCCCCAUUUCACUCCGAGGCAUCGCGAACUUGUUAUGAAUAUGUGGUUUUCUGAAAGGACCGGCGCCACAGGAAAAGCUCAGCGAGGACGACGCGAGAGCGUUAACCUCACAAUGGACCAUGCCUCAAAGAACUCAUGCAAAAACAUGUUGAGACUUUGUUGCUGAACCGACCAACUGUUUAAAAGCUUUUGUCCACUGCAUGAUUAGAGUGAACUACAAAGAGGACCCUAAAAACUUUCACUGCACUAAUGGAAAGACCUCGACUCUCUCGCCAUCAGUGAUACCACUACAAGAGGGUGUACAUAAUGGAUUGUGUAUUGUAUGUGAUCAAAAAAAUCUGAAACGUAGUAUUUUAUUGAUAAGAGACGCAUGUUCCUCAAGAGCAAAGCCUGGGUUGAUGUGCCAUGAUGUACCUCCUCGAAGAAUUUUAAUCUUUGUUGUGAAUUCCAGUCACCUAAGGUCAGAAGUCAGGGGUCAGAGGUUGUUGUAAGACGACAUAAAGACAAAACCUAGCAGUGAGUAGUUUGAGAAGAAAAGAAAAAACAUCAAACUCUGUAAGAAACAGAAAAUUAGGACUUAAAAAAAAGAAAUAACUAAAAAGCCAUUGAGUAAAUAGA